AUGGCCGCGAAAUCCGACGGUGUGGGGGUUACCGGUUUCGCCCAACUGCACAACCUGGACGAGACGGCGACCGAGGGAGGUGACGAGCAGCCGAGCGGGCGGCCGGAGGAGAGCACCUCCUUCCACAUCUGUCACUGCUGCAACACGUCCUCGUGUUACUGGGGCUGCCGGAGCGCCUGCCUGAGGAGCGCGCUGUGCCGGCUCCGCGGGAGGGAGCACCCGGUGCUGGACUGCCUGUGGAUCGUCGUGGCGCUGCUCGUCUUCUUCUCCGACGUGGGCACCGACCUGUGGCUGGCGGCCGACUACUACCUGAAGCAGGACUACUGGUGGUUCGCGCUGACGCUCUUCUUCGUGCUCGUGCCCUCCGUCCUGGUGCAGAUUCUGAGCUUCAGGUGGUUCAUGCAGGACUACAGCAACGGCGGCCUCGGGGGCGUGGAGGGGCUGAGCAGCAGCAGCAGGAGGCCCGGCGCGGCCGGUUACAACCGCUGCUGCACGACCUCCGUGUGGAUCUGGCAGGCGGUCAUUCACAUCCUGCAGCUGGGACAAGUGUGGAGGUAUAUCCGAACGAUGUACUUGGGCAUUCAGAGCAGGAGGCAGAAAGAACACCAGCGCCGAUUUUACUGGGCCAUGAUGUACGAAUAUGCAGAUGUGAACAUGCUGCGCCUUCUGGAGACAUUCCUGGAGAGUGCGCCACAACUGGUGCUACAAAUCUGCAUAAUGAUCCAGAAAAACCGGGCAGAAACAUUACCAUGUUUGUCCUCUAUGGCCUCCCUGAUGUCCCUUGCCUGGGUGCUGGCUUCAUAUCACAAAUUGCUUCGGGACUCCAGGGAUGACAAAAAAAGCAUGAGCUACAGAGGUGCCCUAAUCCACAUCUUUUGGCGUGUGUUUACCAUAUCAUCCAGGGUCAUUUCGUUUGCAUUGUUUGCUUCUAUUUUUCAGUUGUAUUUUGGAAUUUUUGUAGUUGUACACUGGUGUGCCAUGGCAUUCUGGAUCAUCCAUGGCGGAACAGACUUCUGCAUGUCCAAGUGGGAGGAGAUUCUGUUCAAUCUGGUGGUAGGGAUCGUGUACAUUUGUUGGUUUAAUGUCAAAGAAGGCCGGACACGAUAUCGAAUGUUUGCCUAUUACACUGCAAUCUUGACAGAAAAUGCUGCCUUGACUUUUCUUUGGUAUCUUUACAGAGAUCCCACAACCACCGACUCUUAUGCCAUGCCAGCACUGUGUACAGUUUUUGUUUGUUUUGCUGCUGGGGUAGUGUUUAUGCUCUUGUAUUAUGGUUUACUGCAUCCUAUGGGACCACGGACAAAGAUCUUUGCUAGUUCCUGCUGUGCUGAGCUGCUCUGGGGUAUCCCUCUACCUCCAGAGCUGGAGGCUAUGGCAGCCACACCAGCAGCACCGAGAGGCUCCCAGGCCACGCCGACCCGAAUGGCAGAAGAGGAAGAGGAGGAGGAUGCAGCUGAGACCUGCCUGCCUGUAUUCCAAGUGCGACCCACAGUGCCACUUACACCAUCCGGCCGACCCUACCUACCAGAGGGACCAAUCAUCAAGAUUGACAUGCCAAGGAAAAGAUACCCUGCUUGGGAUGCCCACUUUGUAGACAGAAGGCUAAGGAGGACUAUUAAUAUACUACAGUACGUAACCCCCACAUCAGUAGGUAUUAGGUAUAGAGAUGGACCUCUUGUAUACGAGCUGCUACAGUAUGAAUCUUCAUUUUAA